AUGACCGACGCAACGCUUUUCCCCACUAUCGGCGCUGUAGCUGAACAAACUGAUUCACUUCAAGAGCCCCCCGAUACCGGUAGCGCCGUUGAUGGAGACGAAGACAAAGCAGUCGAGGAGAUCGAGUCCUUGUGCAUGAAAUGCCAUGAACAGGGUGUAACCCGAAUGCUGCUCACCUCCAUCCCUUAUUUCCGCGAGGUCAUCGUAAUGUCAUUCCGAUGCGAACACUGUGGCUGGACCAACAACGAGGUCCAAGCGGCAAGCACGAUACGGCCUGAGGGAACUGUCUACACCGCCCGCAUCCUAAAUCGCAGCGACCUCGAUCGACAAAUCGUUAGAUCCCCCACUUGCGAGGUUUAUCUGGCUGAAUACGAGUUGACUCUUCCUCCAUCAAGCCGUGGUCAGCUCACGACCGUUGAAGGGUUGCUUCGCGAUGUUGUGACAGACCUCAGCAUGGACCAGCCACUCCGUCGAAUCCAAGAUCCCGCAGGUUACGACAAAAUUGAAGAGCUAAUUGGGAAAUUGAAAGAGAUCGUGAUCGACGACGAUGAGGAAGCCACUGAACCACUUUCGGCUACUAAAAAGGCAGAACUCCCCAUGCCUGCUUUCACAAUCCGACUCAACGAUCCCGCUGGAAACUCUUGGAUUGAGUUUAUCGGGAGUAUGGCUGACCCAAAGUGGAACAUGCGAACGUAUUCGCGCUCGUUGCAAGAUAACAUCACCUUGGGUCUAGUUGCACCAGAAGACCAGCCUGAGCUUGCUGUGGUCAAAGAAGAAGAAGUGGAGGAGGCUCUAGAGGGUCGCGAAAACGAGGAGAUCUUCGUUUUCAAAGGCACCUGUUCGAGCUGUGGCCAUCCGCUGGACACCCUCAUGAAGAAGGUUACAAUCCCAUACUUCCAAGACGUGCUUAUCAUGUCGACGAAUUGCGAUCGAUGUGGCUACCGAGACAACGAAGUCAAGUCGGGUGCCGCCAUCUCUGAGAAGGGUAAACGAAUAAUACUCAAGGUGGAGGACCGCGAGGAUUUGAGUCGUGACAUUUUGAAGAGCGAGACUGCUGGCCUAGAAAUACCGGAAAUCGACCUUGUACUGCAGCAGGGCACUCUUGGUGGGAGGUUCACCACUGUCGAAGGCAUCCUGGAACAAAUAUACGAAGAGUUAUCGGAGAAAGUGUUUAAGGCCGGUGAUUCGGCGGACGAUGACGGGCGAAGCGCGUUUGAGAUAUUCUUGGGGAAGCUAAAAGGAGUGAAAGAGGCGAACGAGCCAUUCACGUUGAUUCUGGACGACCCGCUGGCAAAUUCGUACGUGCAAAACUUGUACGCGCCAGACCCGGACCCCAACAUGGUUAUCGAGCUGUAUGAUAGGACAUGGCAGCAGAACGAGGAGCUGGGCCUGAACGAUAUUAAGGUAGAGGGAUACGAAGAGAAGCAGGAGGAGAAGGUAGAAUCCUAG